AUGUCUCUGACAAUGCAGCUCUUGAUCCUCAUCCUGCUUCUCGUGGCCUUCCUCCUUCCCCCUGGGUCUCAGGCUGGUGAUAUCAUCGGAGGACAGGAAGCCCAGCCCCAUUCCAGGCCCUACAUGGCUUAUUUGGAUAUACAAACGGGAGACAAUAGGUCUCAAUGUGGAGGGUUCCUGGUGUCAGAGAACUUCAUGCUGACGGCCGCUCACUGCAAUGGAGACAGGAUCACUGUGUACCUGGGAGCCCAUAACAUUCAACAAUGGGAACAGAGCCAACAGAAAAUCCCUGUGCACUGCCAGAUCCCCCAUCCACAAUACAACAGAGAGACCCGUAACAAUGAAAUCAUGUUGCUGCAGCUGUCACACAGCGUAGUGCUGAAUAACUGGGUGCGGCACAUCCCUCUGCCAAAUGCCAACUCCAGGGUGAGGCCGGGAUCCAUGUGCAGCGUGGCCGGGUGGGGUCGGACUGGCUUGAACAUAAGAACUGACAUGCUCCGUGAGGUGGACCUGGAGGUCAUGAGGGACAAUGUGUGUGAGCUGUAUUCUGGAUACAACCCCUCAACGAUGCUGUGUGUGGGGAAGCCCAGCAUGCGCAAAUUACCUUAUCGGGGUGAUUCUGGUGGCCCCUUGGCAUGUGACGGAGUGGCCCAGGGCAUCGCUUCAUAUGUUGAUGGGAAUUUCUACCAACCAAGCGUGUUCACAAGACUCUCCACCUUCAUCCCCUGGAUCCAGAACAUUCUGCAGAAACAGCACUAA